UGUUGCAUCCAGUACCGGUACUUGCGCAAACCAAUGCUUUCUGCCAAAGGAGGAAGAGGAAAGGGAAUGAUUCAACCAUCCAAGCAAUGUGGGCAGUCCUACCGCAGCGAAUCGCUGGCUUAAGUUUAGUCGCUCCAAACCGCGAAAGAUCCGGAUCCUCAAGAUUGACCGUCCUCAACUCCGUCAAGGCGUCAAUUGCAACCUUGACAAAAGGCACAGCGCAUACAUUCUUCAUUCUGAUGCUGGCUAUGCAUAGCUAGACAACAAAGCUAACGACUGCUAGAAGAACCAACCCAACUGGUCCGUGAACAACAUGUCAUCUCAGCUCCGACGAAGAGUCAAUCAACGACACCCCAUCGUCCCGUUCCUUUGUGGUUGUCUGCUGACCUACUUGGCCACUUAUUCGAGCAGGAAAUCUUGUCCGACCCAGGAAGGAUCCAGCAUCAAGAAGACGAGCAGUGAAACGUCUGUUUUCAAAGGCAAGCAAUACUGGAAAGAUGGCUUCACUCAAAACGUAAAGACUCUCUAUGAAACCCCAUUUGCUCGAUUUCAGCUUCAUUCUGUCAAACUGGAAAAUGGCAAAAUUGUGGAUGAUUGGAUGUGGUUUGACGAAGCCGACAAUAUUAAUGUCCUUGUUGAAAAGGAAUCCACUGAAAAUCCCAACUGGCCUCCAACCUACGUUGUGUUGAAACAAAAGAAAUAUGGACUUCCUGAAACAACCUUGGCUGCUGUGGGAGGGUUGAUUGAGCCUGGUGAACAACCCCUUGAUGCUGCAAAACGAGAGUUACAGGAAGAGUUAGGACUGGAAUCUCCAAAAUGGGUUCCAUUGGGGAAGUACCGAGCCGCGGCCAAUCGAGGAGGUGGAACCACAUAUUGCUUUUUAGCACGAAAAAGUACGCCUAUUGCAAAUGCUCAGGAUUCCAAGGGAACCGAUGUGGCAGUAGGAGAAUCCGAGAAGCAAGACUUGGUGGAACUGUCUAAAGAUGACCUGAUUGACGCCUUGUUGAAAGGAAAGUUUCAAGAAAUCAAAUGGACUGCUACAAUCGCACUAUCUAUAAUCAAGACAACCCACCAUUUUAACAGGUAGCCACUGAUUCUGAGUUCAAAUUCCCAAUCUACUUGUGUUGGGCAUCCUCUUUUAUGGCGGGUUGAGUGAAUUUGGAGCUGCAUUGCCAGUUGUCUGGCCCAGUCGAUGACGCGUGCAUACUAAAAUUCGUGCAGGGAAAAUUGCACGCCCACUAAAUCCCCAACAAAACGCAAACCGAUUUUGUCAGGCUCUCAUUUAUGGAGUUGCCGCCGGUUAGACUGGAGACAAAGGUCGGAAGGUGCUAGUGUCAUUUCAACUUCGCAAUGUAUUGAUAGUUAUUGGCUAUCUUUGUCGCAAAUGUAUGCUCCAAAAGCAAAACGCCGCAACAUCGCCAGAUCGUUCUUGGUACUACUUUUGUC